GGAAAGGGAAGGUCUCCUUGCUGCGAUGAGGAUGGGCUGAAGAAGGGUCAGUGGACUCCAGAAGAGGACAAGAAGCUGGUGGAUUACAUCCAGAAAAAUGGCCAUGGUAGCUUGAGAGCUCUCCCCAAGCUCGCCGGGCUGAAUAGGUGCGGGAGUUGGACGGCGGCGGCAGAGGAGUGGGAGGAGGGAUUGAAGCCGGCGCCGGGAACGGGGAUCGGGCAGGAGUCGGAUUCGGGUGGUGGUGGGGAGUGUUGCUAC